AUGCCUCUAAAUAUACCAGCCUUAGUAUCUCUGAGUGUAUUUUUAACAUUAACUUUAGCUACUGGAAUUUGGGCAACUUGGAAAAGCAGAAAGGAUCAGCAGAACAGGAACCCAACAGAGAUGGCCAUGGUUGGAGGCAGAAAUAUAAAUGUUUUCAUUGGAUUGUUUACUGCAACAGCCACCUGGGUUGGAGGAGCAUACAUCAACAGCACAGCUGAAAUCGUCUACCUGCCUUCAAAAGGAUUACUGUGGGUCCAGGCACCUGUGGGAUUUGCCUUGUCCCUUGUUAUUGGUGGUUUCUUCUUUGUAAAUCCAAUGAGAGCAAAGAAUUAUAUGACUGUGAUGGACCCCCUUCAAGAAACUUAUGGGAAUAUGAUGGGAACCUUACUCUUCAUUCCACCACUGCUAGGAGAGGUGUUCUGGUUUGCAGCUAUCCUGGCAUCCCUGGGAGCAACAAUGAGGGUCAUCUUGGACAUUGGAGGCUCUUUGGCUAUCACCAUCUCGGCAUGCACUGUCAUACUUUACACUCUGCUGGGAGGCCUCUACUCUGUUGCUUACACCGAUGUCAUCCAGAUGGUUUUCAUUACCCUCAGCCUGUGGAUCUGUAUCCCCUUUGCCCUGGUGAAUUCUGCAACGGAAAGUAUUUAUUACACCGCAACCCAUCAAUCUUACCAAGACCCUUGGAUUGGGAAGAUAGAAACACAGUAUCUUGGAAGGUGGCUGGAUGACUUCUUCUACUUGGUGCUUGGGAGCAUCCCGUGGCAGACUUACUUCCAAAGGGUGCUCUCUGCUGCCUCGACAGGACAGGCAAGGCUCAUCUCCUACCUCUCUGGACUCGGGUGCUUUGCAAUGGCCAUCCCCUCGGUGCUCAUUGGGGCAGUUGCAGCAUCAACAGACUGGAAUCAGACAAGCUACGGUCUUCCAAGUCCAUUUGAGAGAGGGGAGUCAGCAAUGAUACUACCACUUGUUUUACAACAGCUCUGCCCAGCAUAUAUCUCCAUUACUGGUCUGGGAGCCAUCGCUGCUGCUGCAAUGUCUUCUGCAGAUUCAGCUCUUCUCUCCACUGGCUCCAUGUUUGCUCACAACAUCUACAGGAAAAUCCUGAGGAAAAAGGCUUCAGAGACAGAGGUGCUGUGGGCCAUGAGGACCUCCAUGUUGGUGUUUGGGGCUGGGGCUGCUGGUCUGGCUUUUUACUCCAGCUCUGUCUAUGACCUCUGGUUCCUCAGUGGGGAGCUGGUGUACGCCCUUCUCUUCCCCCAGCUCUGCUGUGCCCUUUUUGCUCCCAGCACAAACACUUAUGGAUCAGCUGCUGGCUUCCUGGUUGGACUCCUGCUGAGGCUACUGGCAGGGGAGCCUGCCCUGAGCAUCCCCCUCGUCAUCCGCUACCCAGCCUGCUCCCUGGUGAACGGGACCUACAGCCAACUCUUCCCCUUUAAAACAUUCACCAUGCUUCUCACUUUGGGCACAAUCCUUGCUGUUUCACACCUGGCCAAGGCUUUGUUUCAGAGAAAUCUCCUCCCUCGCAGCUGGGAUGUUUGCAAUGUCAUGGGGGGAACUGCCAUUCUCAUCCCCUUGCAGCAGGUGGAGAAACAGGAGCGUUUGCCAGCCACUGCCCUAGAAGAGAAUCACAAUUAA